AUGCUACUUAAGCAAGUAACUCAGUCUAAUAGAAUCGUUAAGCGCGGCCGAGGCCGUUUAAAAAAUUUUUUUUUUGCUUUAGCUAUUGCUGCUGCUGCAGCUGCGGCGGCUGCGGCGGCUAUACUACGCACUCUUACCUUCGAAGCUUCGCCCUUUCCUUUAGACCUUCUUACUAAGCGCUUGCUUAUGCUAACGACCGUUAAAGCUUUAAACAAUUAUACCGCUGCUUUUGCCGCUGUUAACACCGCUUUCGAUAACUUCCUCGCUUUAAAUGCUGCUCUUUUAAAAGGUGCUGUUAAUGGUCCGGGCGGUCUAGCGAGUAGAAGUAAAGGUUUUAGAAGUAGUCUCGAUAGCUUUGCAAGUUUUGCUUUUGCUUUUAAGACUUUUAAUUUAAAUGUGGCCUUUGUUAGAUUAAAUAGUCUUGUAGUAGCAAACCGUGGUCCGGUGACGCGGAGCGCUUCGAGCAUGUCACUUUCUCCUCUUGCGCUUGCCGCUUUUAUUGCUCUCGUCGUUCUCGCUGCUUUCGUCGCUCUCGCAGUUCUCGUCGCUCUCGUCGCACUUAUUGUCGUCGCUCUUUUUGCGCUAAUCGUUGCGCUUGCCGCUUUCGCGGCGGCGCCCGCCGUUGCUAUGACUCUUGCGGAGCGCCGGGCUAAAGUAAAAAGAUUGCUAAAAGCUUUAAUAGAUCUUUUGUUAUAA